AUGCCAGACACGGUCUUGGAGGUCCACAUGGAAGAGCCAGCAACGUCCAUCUCCACAAUAACAACCGCCCUUGCAGAACUUCAAGCAACCGUCCAGGCCGCCCUUGCAGAAAUCAGAUCUGCACCCUCACCUUCACCAACACCACCAGCACCUCUAUCCAGAGAGGACAUGGCGGAGCUCUGCAAGGACGUGGCGAUGGCUUUGUCGAGAGAGUUUAGAGUUACGCCCAAGACGCCUUCUUCGCCCUCUGCACGGUACUCUGUCAGAACUGUCAGUCCCGCGUACAGUAGCCAGGACGAGACAAAGGACCAUCACCAUAUCGAUAUUUCAGAGUCUUCUAACCGGUCAAGCAUGAUACCUUCAGGUGCGGCGACGCAGAGAUAUGAUACCAAUAAGCGUCUCUCGAAACUCGAACGCAUGUUCCCAGAACUCACCCCCUCCGCUCACCUCACCACCAACCCCAACAACGCUGUCAACCUUACCCGGAGCAACAGCAGCAGCAGCAACCACCAACGGACCUCCUCCGACUCGAUUCGAAUCUCCCCCUUCCUCGCCCGCACCCUCACAAAAGCCAAACAAGGCUCCGUCAACUCUCAAUUCGCACUGGCCGAAGCCUACAAGAACGGUACUGACGGCCUGGCCCAGAACGACGAAUCUGCACUCGAAUGGUAUACCGAGGCCGCUACCCGUGGCCAUGUAGUCGCUCAAGUGACUGUCGGGGAUUAUUAUAAUGAGGGGUUUGUGGUGAAGAAGGAUUUUUCAAGGGCGUUGGAAUGGUAUAUGAGAGCGGCCAAACAAGGGGAUGUGACAGCCCAGAGUCAUGUGGGAUUUUAUUAUCGGAUGGGACAAGGCGUCAAGGUGGAUAAGGCCAAGGCGAUGGAAUGGUUUCUGAAGGCUGCUCGUGGAGGGAGUCAGUAUGCGAGGGUUCAUUGUGCGUCGUUGAAAGCGGAGGGGUAUGGCCGUCCGUAUUCUGAGAUAAAUAAAUUCUAA